CGACUUCCAGCUGUGUCAUAAUUGAUACACAGCUGUAAACUGGGUCACACUGACUUAUACACCCCGCGCCCUUUUUCCAUUCAACACCGUGACCUUUUGCACACACACACUCACAAGGAGACACACACACGUAGGAGUGUGUGUGUGUGAGAGAGUGUGUGAGCACGUUGAGAAAGUCAAGUCACAAAAGAAAGCAUUGAAACACAGUGAGUGCACGCGGUCGGUCACCUCCAUGUUUUCCCUUCGUGGCUCUGCAGUCUGAUCUUUGAACCCGGUCUACCUCAGAUCGUCCCGGUGGAUCACUCAGGGCAGCUCAGGAGGGACUGCGGCUCCUGAAAUAAUCUGGAAAAACUGCACAACUUAAAAGAGAAAAAACACGACUUCUGCUCCGACUGUGCCAUGGAUCUGACUCUGGACUGCGAGCAAUAAACUCCUCGGAAAUCAUGAUUUCAUAAGAGCAGAAGGAGCAGAUUUUAUUUACUGGCGAACUGAAAAACUAACAAUUAAAAGUAGAGAUGUUUAACUUAAGAUGCUUUGUUACGUGCGUUUUGGUUUUUAUCACAACGUCCCACAGUAUCCAUGUGAUUGACCGAGAUGGACAGGGAUUUCUGGAGAAUAUUUUACUCUAUUACGGUGAAAAUAAUUCAAUUUCAACAGAGCAUCUGGAGGAUUUGCUGCUGUUAAUCUCAGCCAGAAGGUCAGAGGCAAUAACUGAAGAAAAUCCACUGGUAAACCAAGAGUGUCCCUCAGCUGAGCAGAUCUUGUCCCACUUUGGGUUCAGUAAUGUCAGUCAGCUGACUGUGGGACAUCUGGGGAGGAUCUGUCCCGCUGUGUUGACCCAGGUGCUGCUGCCCUCCUGCCCCUACACCACCCCCAAGACCGUGCCGCCCCUCGACUACACUGUCUGGGGUUACGGGUUUCUGGCCGUCACCGUGAUCAACCUCGCGUCUCUGCUCGGCCUUUUGCUGAUACCCUUCACCAAGAAAUCUUAUUUCCCCAAAGUGCUGACCUACUUCAUCGGCCUGGCCAUCGGGACACUCUUCUCCAACGCUGUACUUCAGCUCAUACCAGAGGCCCUGGGUUUUGAUCCUAAAGCUGAUAACUAUGUGGCGAAUGCAGUUGGAAUAUUCGGUGGAUUUUACCUCCUGUUUUUUGUGGAGAAGAUUCUGAAAAUGGCUCUGGGGGUGGAGCAUGAGCAUGGCCACAGCCACUUCACUCCUGCAGAGCCGCCUCAGGAAAACUCCCUCCACAACGGAGACGUAAUGGAGAAAAAGGACUCCAUCAUUUUGACCAGCAUCAGCGCCAUCACCUCAGACAAGAGCAACCCAAACCCAGAACCUUCCCACACGAACGUGACACAGUCUCAGGACAUCCAGGUGUCUGGUGUGAUGUGCCACUGGCUGCGUGGGCAACGCAUCACCAGCAUCAAGACGGUGGCGUGGAUGAUAACUCUGAGCGACGCCCUGCACAACUUCAUCGAUGGUCUGGCUAUCGGCGCCUCGUUCACCGUGUCAAUACUGACAGGGUUCAGCACAUCGACUGCAAUUGUGUGUGAGGAGUUUCCCCAUGAGCUGGGUGACUUUGUGAUCCUCCUGAACGCUGGUAUGAGCAUCCCACAGGCCAUUUUCUUCAACCUGCUGUCGGCGGUGUCGUGUUACGUCGGCCUCGUGUUUGGCAUUCUGCUCGGGAGCAGCUUUGCCCCUAAUGCAAUCUUUGCCAUCGCAGGAGGAAUGUUUCUGUACAUUGCACUGGCAGACAUGUUCCCAGAAAUGGACAACAUUGCCCGGGAACAGCGACGUACCUCCACCAAGAUCGUCUUCUUCCUGAUCCAGAACGCGGGGCUGCUGACCGGCUUCACCAUCAUACUACUGAUCACCAUGUUUGCAGGGGAUAUCAACCUGGGCUAAAAGAGACAGGAGAAGACACAAACUGGAAACAUAAAUAGUUAUGAGCUGCUCCCAUUUCUGCUCACUCGGCUGGGCAGGAAAGUGAAUGUAAAGUGAAUGUUUUGUACAAACAAAACUUAAUGUUCAAAGGAAAAAUAAUGCUUUUUUAUCUUUUGACUAUCAAUUUAGUGGAACGUUUACUCUAUGAAAAGGGAAAAUCUUUACAAUCAUUUGUAUGAAAUCUAGACAAAUUUGUUUUAAGGAGACAAUAAAUAAUUUUUUCAGUCUUCAUAUAUUGUGAAAUAUCUUAACUUUAUUGUACCUCAGUGGCACUGCAUUGUAAACUAAUGUAUGCAGUGUUAUUGUGACAACAGUCAGUCUUCUGGCUGUUGUGGCAGCAGAGUUUGACCUUGCUGUUUUGUGACCUCCCUGACCUUUCAAGGUUGUAUAGCUGCAGUUUUUUUGUUUUUUUUUUUGUCUGUGUGUGUUGUUCACAGAAUAUAAUUUUCCUGUCACUGAAAGAUGUCAAGUUUUCACUGAGACCCGUGGGACAGAUGCAUCUUAUCGUUUGUGGUCCCGUAGGUCAAAACAUUACGUCUUUAUUGACUUUUCAUAUUAAAAAAGUAUCCCAACAUACACAACCACACAUAGAAAGAAAAACUCAACAUUGUACACAGUAUAUCUACCCUGUGAAACCCCAUCCAAGAGGCAACAACAAAAAUGUAAAAUAAUCAACCACAGGAAAUACAAUAUAUCUAAAUAAAACAAUUAUGAUUCUCUGUAUUUUCUCUACACUGGUGCUUACCAUGUAGAAGUUUUAGUAAAAUGUGUUCUUUCUAAUGACUUAUUUACAGUACAUUGAUGGCCUCUGAGUGGCAGUGGCUGAUUGAGUUGUACGUUAAUCAACAUGGGGUGUUGUAAAUGAUGAAAGACUGUAGACAAAAACUUCUCUACAAUGUAAAUGGACCAAUUAUAAACAGUAUUUGCAUUGUUCAUUAAUUUACUUUUUUUUUUUUUUUUUUUUUUUUUUUUUACAUUUUGUCACUUUGUAUGCCAACCACUUUCUUUCUUUUUAAAGAUUAUAUUUUAAAUAAAGCCACAAAUAAAUGUUGUUAAUUUUA